UAUAGAUAUAGACUACACAUCUGAUACUACAAUAUACAUCAUGGCACCUCUCUCUGAAGCCGGCAUCCAGGAACUGCGCGCAAAGACUCUUGAAGCUCGCAAGCUCUCCUACUCUCCCUACUCCAAGUUCAAGGUCUCUGCGGUUCUCCUCACAGACGACGGACAGUACAUCGAGGGUGCCAAUAUUGAAAACGCAAGCUACGGUGCUUGCAUCUGCGCCGAGCAGACCGCUAUCGUCAAGGCUGUCACCACCGGCCACAAGAACUUUGUCGCAAUUGGCAUCUCCUCCAGCGCCGGCACAGUCACUCCUCCCUGCGGAAUCUGUCGCCAGGUCAUUCGUGAAUUUGCUCCCCAGAUCGACGUCUACAUGUUCACCGAGAAGGAGGACUACCUCAUGCAGCCUCUCACUGCUCUGCUUCCUCACAGCUUCGGCCCCGAGGACCUGCUUGACCUUCCCGCCAAGUGACCUCUCUAUAAUUCUCUAAUCAUAUCAAGACAGAUUGUACAUAGCUUGCUAGAAUAGCUCAAUAGUAAAUAGCUCAGGUUAAAGAGAGUUGUAUUAAACGGUUACG